AUGUGCUGUUCCAAAUCGAAUCAAAGUUCAAAGAAGAAAAUGGGUAACGCUAACGCUCGUCGACCAGGAGGUGGCCUAGGUAAUUAUGGUGUGGAAUACGAUCCGUACUAUAACUACGGUGAUAUAGCAAAUUAUGGUUCAUCUUACCAACCUAUUCAAGGAUACCCAAUCGGUUUUGGUACCACAGAUGGGCCAUUAUUGACAUCAGUCAAACCUUCACCUGGUGCUUUGGGUAUGUAUGGUAGCACGUAUCCAGCUGGUUUCAAUCCAAUUCUCGAGCCAGGUCUAAAUGGGCCUAAAAUUCGCGUCAUAUAUGUACCUAGUCACAUAGUCAGUGGUAUGCAAAAUUUAAUACAACCGGGUGCAAUAGGUGGAGUGAAUCCAAUCAAUCCGAUCAACCCAAUGAUGGCUUAUGGAGGUGGAGUGAAUCCAAUCAAUCCGAUCAACCCAAUGAUGGCUUAUGGAGGUGGAGUAAAUCCAAUCAAUCCAAUGAUGGCUUAUGGAGGCGGUAUGAAUCCCAUGUCAGGCGGUCUAGGCGGGUGUGGAUUACCACCACAAAUGUUGUCACAACUGCCAAUGUCUCCAAUGGGUUCUAACUGCUGCUCUUUAUCCAUACAAAUCCCACCUGCAUCUCCACAAAUGCCAUACCCGAUGCCAUGCCCACCACCGAUGAUCCAGCCGAUUAUGUCACCAGUGCCUAUGCCUGGCCCACUCAUAAUGCCACAAAUGCCAAGUCCACAGCCGAUACCAUAUCCACAAAUUGUUCCUCAGAUGCCCAUGGGCCCAUUACCAAUGCCUUAUCCACCUGUAAUACCGCAAAUGCCUAUUUCACCUUAUCCCAUGCCGUAUGCUCCUGCUGCACCACCACAAAUGCCAAUUAUCCCGCAACCAAUUCCUUAUCCGUCCAAUAUGCUUCAACCGCCAUACCUAUAUCCUAUGCCAAUGAUACCUCCGCAAAUACCGAUGCCAUUUCCAGGACAGAUACCUCAAAUGAUCCCGCAGUCAAUUCCGUAUGGACCUCAGUUUCCAAGCGUCCCUCAACAACCAAUCUUCCCUGCUGGCGUGCCUGGAACUCCGCCAUAUGGAAUGCCAUCGUAUGCAGGUCUCAAUAGUUAUAGUGCCAUACCAAAUAUUGGUAGUAAUAUCAUUGCAAAUCCAAGUGGAAUCAACCAAUCACCUUACGGUCAACCUGGCCUUGGAGCAUAUGGCAGUUUUGCAUCGUAUAGUAAUUUUAGUCAAGCUGCUCUCGGUCAACCAGCGUAUCCUCAACCUGGACUCGCCGGAUAUAGUGGUUAUGGUCAAUAUGCACAGGGAAAUUACUAUCAACCAAUACUUAAUCAAGCCGCUUUUCCAGGAUUUAGUGGAGUCAAUCAAUCCCCAUAUGGUGCCUACGGCGCGUCACCCUAUGGACAAUCUGGUCUUAUAGGAUACGGUCCACCAGGAUUUGGUAAUUAUGGUCAGCAAGGCUUUGCUAGUUUCAAUCAACAAGGUUACGGUGUAUACGGUAAUUCACCGUACGGUAAUGUUAAUCAACCAGCUGCCAGUGGUUACAUGCAACAAGCUCCCUAUGGAUACGGUCAACAAGGUCUUGCAAUGUACGGCCAACAAAAUUACAACGGUUAUAUUCCCCAACCGUACGGUGCCUUUCAAACGCCACCCUAUGGUAACUAUGGUCCACAACCGAUCGGUGCUUUCAGUCCAUUAGGAGUUGGCAGCUUUCCUCAAGCUCCGCAACAACCACCUCAAUCGCCAUAUAAUCCUUUUCAACAACAGUCAUAUAACUAUCCAGGAGUAAAUCCAAACAUUUUCGGUGGUUCACCACAAUUCGCAGGUGUUCCUCCCGGUGGCAUAUUCCCAUCGGCUGGUGGCUUUUCUCCAGCGGGUGGUCCACAAUCAGUAUCGUUUCCAAGUGGUACUGGACGACAAACUCACAAUAAAACCAAUACUAUGGGUCACUUUUCCCUCGUCACAUUUGUUAUUUGCAUUGGUUUAAGUAUGGUUAUUGCCAAGCCCGAGGUUAAAUUCCGUCACCAUCAACAGAAACGAUUUGUUCGAAGCAGCGAACCAAUACGUAGUUUACACGGUCAAAAACAAGUUAAUGCAGCAGGUCGUGCUGAUGCUACUACAACGAUGAACCCAUUGGCUGUUAUCGCUGGCCCAAAACAAGAUGAAAUGGCUUGUCUUGCUGCUUGUCACUCUUGUCUUCAAGGUUUUCCAGCUCAGCGCAAGAAGAAAGAUGACGAUAAUUGUGGUCCGAUGUGUGAUUGUGCUGAUCGUUGUUUCUUCAUGCCAGUUGAACAAGUUGGUAAUAUGUACAAUCAGAUUUCUAAUAUUCGGAAUGGACGUGAUUGUUGGUGGAGAGCCUAUAACGAUUUUUUCACGAAUGCGAAAUAA